AAAAAUGACAUUUCCUAAAAUCAAAUGUUCAUUUUGAAUAGCGCGAGACCGACUUGAAAUAUAUUGAUCGAUUCGGCGAAUACUCUGUCGUUUGGUCCAAUUCGGACUGAACCUUGAUUCAUCAUCAUCAACAUGGGUAGUUCUGAACCCGGUUUCGAAGAUUUUCUUCAAGACAAGAAGCGCAGGAACCCAUUUGUCCCCGUCGGCGCGUUUAUUACUGCCGGUGUACUAACGGCUGGCUUAAUCAGCUUUAGACAAGGUAAUUCUCAGUUAGGCCAGAAACUAAUGAGGGCUCGUGUGGUUGUUCAAGGUGCUACUGUGGCACUCAUGGUUGGCACUGCCUAUUACUAUGGAGACAAUCCUUGGCAAAAGAAAUAGACUUUACAUAGCUAACUAACACUCAAAGAUAAACUUUGUAAUUGCUUUGUUUCUUGUUGGUCUUAGCUUUGUUUACAUGAAGAGAAAUUUGUUCAUUUGAGGACAAAAUCUUUGUCAGUUAUUUUAUUUCAAUGCAUGAGAAGUGAGUUCUUAUGGAUGUGCUUUGAUAUGUACUAUAGUAUUUUUUUUCAAUAAAGUAAAGGGUUAAAUAAGUUUUUGGUCCAUAUAAAUAUUGCAAUUUUCAUUUUUAGUCCCUCCUUGCUUUUAGGCAAUGGUUUUUAAAAAAAACCGUUGCCAAAACCAGCUAAAACCGUUGCCGAAACCCAGAAGGGACUAAAAAUAAAACUGCAAUAUUUAUAGGGACUAAAAACUUAUUUAACCCUAAAGUAAACUACUCUUCGUGUACUGUUGCUGUCUUGAGUAAGCAGAAUGGAAUUGGAUGCUAUGUUUGAACCA